CAGAUUUUGAAAUUACUUGUUAUGAUAUUGCUUGCCAUGAUAUUGCUUGCCAGAACAAACACAACAUAGUGAAUAUUUUCAUAAACUGCGUUACCCACUCCAGUCCGCAGAUGGCGAUAUGCGUCUUUCAGGUGGCGCUUCUUGCGUGACGUAUAAACUAGUGGACGGAACAGGACGCUUCUUCAACAACAAACGGCUGAUUCAACCACCUCGGUAGCUUGCUUGCUAACAUAAAACCGAAACAUUGAAGCUCAUUGGGUUUGUAUUAACAUCAGUGUUUUAAACAUACUGUCUGCGUCUUUACUAGUUACUCAAUUUAAUGUGUACGUUGUUAGUCAGCUAGCUGACUGGUUAAAUUAGCCUAGCACUAGGCUAGUCGCUAAUGCUAACUAGCUAGUUAACAUCCCGGACCAUGAGUUCACUAAGCUACUCCCCUCCUGCUAAAGAAGAGGAGGUCUGCUGGACGGAGAAAGAAGUUGCAGUGAAAGAGGAGAAGGAAGAGGAGGCUGUCACAGUAAAACAAGAAGUAGAGGGUGAGGCGGUUACAGUGAAAGAAGAAGAAGAAGCUUUCGGAGUGAAAGAAGAGGAAGAUAAACAAGAGAAUGUCGUUUUUGUUGAGGAGGAGGAGAAUAUGACUGUAUUAGUAAAAGAAAUGGAACAAGUUUUUGGAGUGAAGGAGGAGGGGGAGAUUACUGUCACAUUGGAAGAGGAGGAGGAGGAAGAAGAAGAGAAUAAUGGAGAUCUGAAUAACACCAGAGAGAGUCCAGAAUCAGAGGAACCAGAGCCAGAGACGUCCAAACCAGCAAGACGACACCACUGCUCCCAGUGUGAAAAGAAUUUUACCAAGUUAGGGAGCUUGAAAAUACACAAUAGAAUACACACAGGAGAGAAGCCCUACCAAUGCUCCCAGUGUGGAAAGCAGUUUACCCAGUUAGGGACCCUAAAAUUACAUAAUAGAAUACACACAGGAGAGAAGCCUUACCAAUGCUCCCAGUGUGGAAAGAGGUGUUCACAGUUAAGUUCCCUGAAAUCACAUGAGAGAAUACACACAGGAGAUAAGCCUCACAAAUGCUCUCAAUGUGGCAAUACAUUUAAGCGGUUAAGUAACCUGAAAGAUCAUGAAAGGGUACACACUGGGAAAAAGCCUUACCACUGUUUCCAUUGUGAAGAGAGUUUUAGCUGGUCAAGGCAACUGAAAGCGCAUGAGAGAACACACACGGGAGAGAAGCCUUAUCACCACUGCUCCCAGUGUGGAAAGAGUUUUACCCAGUUAUGGAACCUGAAGGCACAUGAGAGAAUGCACACAGGAGAUAAGCCUCACAAAUGUGCUCAAUGUGGAAAAACCUUUAACCGGUUAUAUAACCUGAAAGUACAUAAGAGAAUACACACAGGGGAAAAGCCGUAUCACUGCUCCCACUGUGGUAAGAGUUUUAUCCUAUCACGGGCCCUGACAAAGCAUAAGAGGACGCACACGGGAGAAAAGCCUUACCAUUGCUCCCAGUGUGGAAAGAAUUUCACUGACUCAAGUAACUGGAAAAAACAUGAGCUAACACACUCUGUAAAGAAGCGUUUCCAGUGUUCUCAUUGUGAAAGGAGUUUUAAGAAGUUAGGGAAGCUGAAGCAGCAUGAGAGAAUACACACUAGGGAGAAGCCUUUUUGAACUGCUCCCACUGUGGAAUGACAUGUACCUGGUUAAGGCAAAUUAAAUUACAUGAAAGAAGCCACACCGGCGAGAAACCUUACCAAUGCUUCCAGUGUGGAACGAUAUUUACCCAGUUAGGGAAAGACCAUGAGGUAAAACACACAGGGGAGAUUUCUUACCAUUGCUCCAAGUGUGAAGAGAGAUAUUUCACAUAAACUUACAAUUUAUGAGUUGACACACAGUGCUCCCACAUUUGUCAAAAUUUUGACUGAAAGUUGGUGCUUAGUGGUUUUGUUUAUGCCCUUAUUGCCAUAUGCAAUCCGAUUGGAGAAAGUCUACUCAGAAAUCAAUUUUUGGGGCUUUUUUUUAAUCCCAAGACAUUAAUUGAAUAUGGAGUAUGUCUGUUUUUAUGUAGAUUCAGUGUACAAACUGUGAUUAAAUAGUUUUUUUUUUACUCUGUC